AUUGACUUUGUGAGGCUACAGCUCCAUCUAGAGGUGAAUGCUGGCAUUUUUCUCCCGUGGAGACACAUUCAACAUGGCUGCUCCCAUGUAGACGUUUGCUAGGCUCACUGUUAGCAGGAAGAAACUGCAAACCAUGAAGGAACUCAGCCACAAUGGAUCCAAAGGAGAUGCUCCGCUGUGCUCUUCAGAUAGAGAAAUUCAGUGCAGACAGAAGCUAUGGGAACAUCAUGACCCUCCUUGGUGACCUCCAGAAGUCUCACGUCACAGCGGAACAGCUGGAAACAACUGACAUCGUCAAAGUGCUCUACAGGCUCCUGAAAACCUGCACUGAUGACAGCGUGAAGAAGACAGUCAAGAGCUUGCUGUCCGAGUGGAAGAGACAGUACACGAAGGACAGGCAAGGGGUGAAGUGCACAGAGGAGAGCGAGGAUCCUGAGCUCCCUGCCAGUGUUUCUUCACCAAAAGAAGCCGUGGGUGGUGCGGUUUCUGCCCAAACAUGUGAUGGUGGAGAGGGGAAUGCUGCAGGAGAACCAUCAUCUAUGCAGGCUAAACCUGGACCCAAAGCUCAUACUUCUGCUGCAUCUCCAGAUAACGUGAGAACCAAAUGUGUGCAGCUCCUCCUUGCUGCCCUCUGCCCCUCUGCCCCCGAUCAGGACAAGGCUGCUGAGUUGGCCCGAGACAUCGAGCGGCACGUCCACGAACUUCAUAAUCACAACCAGGUCAAAUAUAAAGCCUGUGUGAGGAGCAAGGUGGCCAACUUGAGGAAUCCCAAAAGCGGCCACCUGCAUCAGGGCCUCCUGAGUGGCUCCCUGUCCCCCGAGGCCUUCGCCCGCAUGUCUGCGGAGGAUAUGGCCAGCGCAGAGCUGCGGCAGCUGAGGGAGGAGUACUCCUCCCAGGGCGUGAGUGAGAGGCAGCUUCCUCAAGGGAUAGAGGGGACGCGGACGGAGAAGAUUCGAUGCAAAAGAUGCGGGGGGUCAGACUGUAGGGUGACGCAGGUGUCCAGAGGGGUUCUGUUCUUGCCUGCGUGGGUGAGGCAGGGCGGCCCAGAUGAGGAUGCAAUGACCUUUGUGACCUGCAGCGGGUGUGGCCAGCAGUGGUACCACAGCAGCUGGGUCUGCCUCUGAAUCCACAUGGAUAACAUACAUGACUAAGAAAGCUAAGAGCAGGUUAACUGAUAAUGAAAAUAACAGAUUUUUAACCAUUUUGCACAAGAAUCAUGCUGUGUAGAACUUUCAUUAAUGAUUUACUUUCUUAUUUUUUGACAUCUGUGGAGUUAAAAAUGUUCAGAAAUCUGGAACAUGACCUUCUUGGAUUCCUAGCUCAGAUACUCAGUGUUGCUAGUUUUGAAAUAAUACAUUUUGAAGGCUUUUCUUUACACAUUUACAUAAUAAAUUGACUUAAACUGCCAUUGUUGCAGAUGAAUUUCCAGCCAUUUAGUUGAUUGGUUGUUUCAGCUGUUCUGCCCACUGUAAAAUUGCACUUGUUUGAGUUGGUUUUCCAAGUUUCACCCCUAGUUCACAAUUUGGUAUUAUAAAGGCUUUCCUGUGACCAGUUAAAUGUUUUGAGUGUUAUAAACUCAGCUCUGAAACAGGAGGAUUGGUCACAUGGGAUGCAGAGUGGAAACUUUCCUGCAGGAUGAAGUGCAUACUUGUGGUUUAAACCAGAUUUUUUCCCAUAGGAUUUGUGCUUUGUCUUUCAUGCAUUGACCACUAAAACCCACAGCUGAAAGCCUAAACUGUAUCUUUACCGGCUGAAAUGCCAAGUCAUUGCAGUCUCCGACUGAAACCAUGGAUUUUCAAGAAGUAGCUGUCGUCAUCUUCUUCCCGCUGAAUCAUUUCCUGUGUCUCCACUCUCUGUAAUAGCCCUUCAUUUUAUUUCUACUUACAGUAGCUCAUUUAACUGCUUUUACUGGCCGCUCUCUCUUACAUUACUGAUCUAAAGAUCCAUUAAUGCCUUGACCACUGGCUUCGCUAAUGUUUAAUUUUAUAAGUUUUAUGAAAAAAAUGCAUUAUUUUGCACUUAUUGUCAGUAUUUCUGAGUAUUAACACGGUGGGGGAAUUCUUUAAAACAUGCCUCUGCUCUACAAUAUCCCAUUCAUUUGUAGCAAACUGAAUCCAGCAGAUGAGACAUGUGACCCCUGAAGAACUCCGAGCAUGUGAGCCAGUAAUCUGCCCUCCCUAGCAGCCGGAGGGGCGGAUAUCCCAUGGUGCUCCAGCCAGCGUGGCACAAUGACUCACAUACACGUCACUGUGAUGUCACAUGAAGCAGUCUUUUUUUGUGUGUGAAGAUAUUACAGAGAAAAUGACUUAUUUUUAUCCUCAGCUGUUCUUCCUGCGUCAUUAUUUAUGUCACGUCCUGGCCUAUUGCAUCUUUUCUGAUUUUUGCAGCAGGCCGAAGGUAAAAUGGCCAAAUAUGAAAAAAACCCCCAUAUCUUUCUAUCGUGUUUGGUAUCUCGACGCUGGUGCAUUUGUCUGUAUUCCAUCCCCUCUCACGUGCUCCUUAUCUUUUAAGUAGAUAAGGAGCAUUUUAGUGACGUGCCCUGUCAGAUUGAUGCUCUGCAGCCACAUACAGCUGUGGUGAGAAGUUUACAUCCACUCAUCAAGGGCAUAACUGUGAUGCUAGUUUUGGGCUUUUAAUGAUUUCUUUGAGCUGUUCUGUUUUCAGGGUGGAAUGAUUGUACGGAAUUACUCUAAAGAACAAUCAUUUUAAUAUUUUAAUAGGUGGUGCUGUAGGUUCUACAAUGUCUUAACAAAGCUAAGGCCUAUUAACUCCUCAUUAGGGAUUAUGAUUGGGUACAGAAGGGAGUUUAUCUUUACAGCAUAAAAAGGAUUUGUUUGACAGCACUCAUUGGACUGACUCAGAAUACUCAGAACAAUUGGAAAAUUCAA